AUGUCGUCUUUCACCUCUUUACUCCAGCUUUUAAGACGCUCCCGAUGCUACAAUUCGUGCUGGGAUUUAUCUCGGCUAAUUCAUACUUUCGGUGCCGUGGUCUUGGUUGUCGUGCUUGGCCUCGUCAACCUCGCCGCCGACCUUGCCUUCGUGAACCAAGCGAAGCACGUGGCGGCUAUACGCGACCCCCCUCUGUCGUCCUAUAGCGAUACAGGCUUCAUCGAAGACGACUACCCUCCGCGCCUACCCCUCCCGCUCGCACGGACCGCCGGCGUGCGCCUCACCCUCUCCGAGAGCGCGCGCUACGACCCCUCGCACUCCGAGUCGGUUCUCGAAUGGGCAUCCGCGAGCGCUGCGGGUGACACGAACAUUCGCCUCGGCCCCUCCCACCGCUUCUUUAACCCCGCGUUCUCAUACGAGCUCCACUGCCUGCGCGUCGUCGUCACCGCGCUGGGAGAAGACGGGCCCCUCGCGCCAGGUCGGCAGCGUGCGCAUGUCGAGCGUUGUUUGAACGUGUUGCGGCAGUUCGCGUUGUGCGACGCGGAUGCGACGGUCGAGCCUGUGGGGAGCUUGGAGGGCGAUUUGGUUGUGGGGCGCUUUGAGGGAGAGCGGGUGUGCAAAGACUGGCGGGCGCUGUACGGGGCGAUUGAGCAGAACUGGGAGGAGUGGAGACACUUUCGAGAGACGGCGGACGAUGCGUGA